AUGGUUAACUGGACCCCAGAGCUCGUCUCAAAGUUCCUUAUCACGACCCUGCAACAGGUCUCUCCCCAGAUUUCUCGCGACGCCUGGAAGACAGUUGCAGACGCCAUGGGAUCAGAUAUCUCUGCUGAAGCGUGCCGUCAGAAGUACGCGAAACUACUAGGUGCCCAGGGUAUCGAGCUUGGUGCAGCGACCCCCAGCGCGGCAACUCCCGGUCCAGCGACUCCCAAGUCUGGUCGCAAGCGCAAGGCUACCGCUGGCACCGAGGCAACCCCAUCCAAGUCUGCUUCUGCAAAGAAGGCAAAGAAGGCACAGCCUGCUGUUGCACUCAAGACUAAAGAAUAUGAGGAUCAGGAGACGGAGUUGAUUAUUUCACCCAUUCCCUCUUUCAAAACGCUUGCCCCUGCUGAUGACUCUGACUAA